AAUCCUUUUCCCGCCCCACUUUGCCCCCCGCGGAGUGCGCACGCGCCCGCCCUCAGCUUCGCGCCCAGAUCGUCGCCUAGCCUGCUCGCGCAGCCGCUGUCUCGUCUGCCCACCGACGAAGCAUGGGUGUCCAGGGCUUCCAAGAGUUCCUGGAGAAGCGCUGUCCCGGGGCCGUGGUGCCCGUGGACCUCCUCAAACUCGCGCGCACGGUCUCGCGCCAGCAGCAGCAGCAGCACUUGCACCGCCAGCUGCCGCCGACUGCCGCCCUAGCGCCCGGGGCUCCACGCGCCGCCAGGGGCCCCGCGCCUCUGCAACCGCCGCUUCCGCCCGCUGCCUUGGGUACCUACUCCGGGGGCGCGGGGCCGACUCGGCACCAUCACCCCGCUCACCACUUCCACCAUCACGGCCAGGCGCAGACCGGGUUACACCCUCCGCUGCCGCCGCCGCCCCCUCCGCUGCCCGGGGCCCGGGUGCUGGUGGACGCCGGCUCGGCGCUGCCGCGGCUCUAUGGCGGCUACCAGACGGAUUGGGUGUGUGGCGGCCAAUGGAACGCCAUGCUGGGCUACUUGUCAGCGCUGUGCCAGGCUUGUGCCUAUCCUGGCGGCGACGGCCUGGAGCUCGUGGUCAUGUUCCCGGGGGGCCUGGGCAAGGACCGGCUGGCCGAGUGGGGCCGUCGGUGCCAGGCCGAGCGGCAGACAGCGCAACUGAUCGUGGGACACGUGGGCAACAAGGGCACCCCUCCACCGCGGGCCUGGUUCCUGCCACCGGCCUGCCUGAGCCACUGCGUGAGGCUAGCACUCAUCCGCUUCCGGGUCAAGGUCUUUCAGAGCCUCGAAGACCACCAUUUGGAAGUGGUGGCGUUUUUCAGGGAAAAUGGCUUUCAUGGCCUUCUUGCCCAUGACUCCGAAUAUGCUCUCUACAAUAUUCCCUCUUACUACAGUUCCCAUGCUCUGAAACUGAGCUGGAAUGGGAAGAACCUCACUACCAACCAGUUCCUGAUGCAAGAAGUAGCCAAGCAGCUGGGCCUGAAGAGGAUGAAUUUCCCCAUAUUUGCUGCACUGCUAGGUAACCACAUCCUCCCAGAUGAGGACCUGGCUGCUUUUCACUGGAGCCUCUUGGGACCAGAACAUCCUCUUGCAUCACUUAAGGUUCGAGCUCAUCAGCUGGUUCUUCCUCCCUGUGACGUGGUGAUCAAGGCUGUUUCUGAGUAUGUCAGUUCCAUCAAAGAUCCCUCAAACCUAGAUGUAGUUGGGAAGGAUGUUUUCAAACAGUCUCAGUCCAGGACAGAAGAUAAAAUAGAGCGAUUCAAGAAAGCAGUUGAGUACUAUUCCGUCACAACCAAACUCUCUUCACUGCCAGUGGGUCCCUCCUUUCUAGGUUUUCGGAAUAAUAGGCUUGGAAAUCCUCCCCUUCCACGAAAUCAAGUGGGCACCAUUUCUCCUGGAAAGCCAAUGUUUUCUCACCAAGUGCCCCAGAAAGUGAAAUAUCCACCACCAUUCCCAGUGGGACCCAGCUCAUCUCUUCUCUUCUCCUCCCAUGCUUUGGGGGAAUCCCAUGCUUUUUCUGAGGAUCCCAUGCUGCAGACCAACCCCUUUGCCAAUUGGGCUGUCUCCUAUGACUCUUCUGCAUCCCAGUUUCCCAAUUACCUGCCUUCUAAAGCCUCACCUCCUUUGGUACCAGACUCUUCCCACUCCUCUUCCUCUGAUGGUGAUGAGCCAAAUGGAGCUAGCUCUGAUCAUAUCACAGAAGCAUUUCAGCACCAGCCUGAGUGGGGAAAUCUCAAUCGUGACAGAGGGUCCUGGGCACAGCCUGUUAAUACUGGAGUUUCAGAAGCAAGCCUAGGUGAUGGUGAGCCCCACAUCCCAUCUCUGCUGUCUAUGUCUACGAGGAACCACAUGGAUAUCACCAUUCCACCCUUACCUCCAGUAGCUCCAGAAGUCUUGCGAGUUGCUGAACACAGACACCGGAGGGGUCUUAUGUACCCAUAUAUCUACCAUGUCCUCACUAAGGGUGAAAUUAAGAUUCCCGUAUGUAUUGAGGAUGAGUGUAACAUGGAGCUGCCUCCAGCUGCUCUCUUAUUCCGGUCAGCUCGUCAAUAUGUAUAUGGAGUUCUUUUUAGUCUGGCAGAGACACAGAGGAAAAUGGAACGCUUGGCCAUGCGACGGCGGCUGCCUGUGGAAGUUCCGUCAGUGAUCCUUAAAGAGUGGUCUGCCUAUAAAGGGAAGUCACCUCAAACCCCUGAGCUGGUGUCUGCACUGACAUUUCGGGAAUGGACUUGCCCAAACCUCAAGAAGCUCUGGCUAGGCAAAGCAGUUGAAGACAAGAACAGAAGGAUGCGGGCCUUCCUGGCCUGUAUGAAGUCAGACACUCCCAGUAUGCUCAAUCCAGCUAAUGUCCCCACCCAUCUGCUGCUCAUGUGUUGUGUACUCCGGUACAUGGUUCAGUGGCCUGGUGGCCGAAUCCUGCAUCGCCAUGAGCUAGACACCUUCCUUGCACAGGCAGUGUCUACCCAGCUUUAUGAACCAGAUCGACUCCAAGAACUCAAGAUUGAGAAACUGGAUGCCCGAGGGAUCCAGCUUGCUGCCCUCUUCAUGAGUGGAGUCGACACAGCUCUGUUUGCUAAUGAUGCCUGUGGCCAGCCAGUCCCUUGGGAGCAUUGCUGUCCAUGGAUUUACUUUGAUGGCAAGCUGUUCCAGAGCAAGCUAAUUAAAGCAGGCCGAGAGCGAGUAUCUCUGGUUGAGCUCUGUGAUGGCCAGGCUGACCUGGCAACCAAAGUGGAAAAGAUGAGACAGAGCAUCCUUGAAGGAAUCAACAUGAAUCAUCCACCGCCUUCUGCUCUACUUCCGUCACCUACUUUUGUGCCUCCUAUGGUGCCCUCUCUCUACCCUGUUUCACUUUAUUCCCGAGCUAUGGGCUCCAUGCCACUUCCCCCUCAAGGGAGGAGCCGGGGAUUUGCAGGUCUCCAUCCAAUCCCACCCCAAGGAGGAAAACUGGAGAUUGCUGGAAUGGUUGUGGGCCAGUGGGCUGGCAGCAGAUCCUCCAGGGGCCGAGGAUCCUUCGGCAUGCAAGUGGUUUCUGUCGGUGGGCCAGGAAAGGGGCAUGGAAAAGAACAGACUGGUAGAGGAUCCAAGGGACACAAAAAAGGAAAUAAGCAAGGCUCUUCAGAUGGAGUUUCUAAAUCCCUGGAGCUUCAUCAAGGUCGGUCUCGCUCCCAGGUAAAUGGAAACAGUGGCGCAUUGAUCAAGGAAGAGAAGAGUGAUUAUCGUCUUCCAGCUCCAUUACAAUGUGCCUUAUCCAGAGACAGCAACGAGUGUAAUAAUGGUAACCGCUACUUCCCUAUGAAGAAUAGGGAGAAGAACCACUUACAAGAGCAAAAGCUAGAAACUGUGGCACAACGGAAAGAGGACUAACAAGCUGAAGAUGGCUUCAUCAAACCAGGAAGAGGGAAAAACUUUUACUUUUCUGAUUUGAGGCCCAAGCUAGAGGAUAUAAAUGCUUACCCUAGAUUUCUCCAGGAUUUUGGUGGGAUGUCCUAUUUUGUCCAUCUUUUCCCCUUCCCUGCCUUUUUCUGGGACUCCAGAUUCAGUGGUCUGUUUCUGGAGAAGUUCUGGUCAAAGAUGAAUGGCUAGCUCCUAGUCUCAAAUUGAAUACAUAGCACCAAUAGUUUAUUUAUCUCCUCUCGGAGCCUAGUAAGGCAGUAGCUGUCAGAAAUUGGGUGUCAUCACAUAAGGUCCUAUAGAAAAGUUCCAGCUUUGGUUUUUCUGAGUGUUUAUAAUGAUACUCAUUAUCACAGACUUACAUGGUAAACCUAUGAGGUUGUGGGAACAGCUGUGGCUUCCUGAGGUUUUGUUGUUUUUGUUUUUCUAUGAAGUGGUAUCUACCUCUUCUUCACUCCUUCUUCCAACUUACCUACCCCUGGAUUUUGUACCACCACCUCUAGCUUUGGCCUGACAAUCAGAUAGGUAGAUGUUUUCAGAAAAGUAAGGUAGUAUUAUUUUUUUUUAUACACUUCAAAAAAAUUAUCAAUGGCCUUUGUACUGGAGGAUUCAAGUGAAUCAGAAAAGUACUGGGCAGAUUUUUCCUGCCUCUCAACCAGUGCAUUGUUUGUAAAAUAGAAGAUGUGGCACAGUUCAUUCACUCCCUACUGCCCACACUAUUUAAGGGUGGGAAUCAGUGUAAUGAACUUGAGUACGAAAGGGACUCAAAAGACUCUGUGUGUGUGUGUGUGUGUGUGUGUGUGUGUUUGUGCGCGCGUGCGUGUGUGUGUGUGAAUGUGUGGGUGGGUGUAUAUAUGAAUGUGUGUAUAUGCAUACACAUACCCUUUAUAUAAAGAGACAGAUCUAUUUAUCUAUACAUUUUAUAUAUAUGUGUGUGUAUGUGUGUAUAUAUGUGUGUGUAUAUAUACACAUACAUACAUGCUGAUGUCCCAGAGGAUUUACUCAAUUUCCCAGAAAUGCUUCCACUGCUAUGGAGUGGAAGGUUUCAAAAGACCACACUUUAAAUCUGAAAUUCUUACUAAGUCACAGCCCAUCACAAUUAUGAGAAGUUGGAUGGGCUUCUCUAAAUCAGACAAAAAGUACUUUCCAGAAAUUGCCUGUUCAGAACAACAAACUCUUGGGUUGUUACAAGCUUUAUCUUGAACAGAGCCCUCACAUCCCGUAUGGUGAAAACAGGAGGUUGGAAUGGGAUUGGGAAGAGUUGGGCAUUUCCUUAUGAAGGUUUGGAGAGAAAAGAGGGGAUGGGAGGUGACUACCAUUUGAAAGGGCUUUCAGCCAAUUUGGAGGAAAUCUCUUCUGGAACUCCAGGGUCAAAUUGGUUUCAGGCUAGAAUUGAUUGACAUGAAUCCCUGAAGGAGAGAGGACUAGCUUUGGAAAGAUAGGGUAGGGAAGUGUGAGGAAACUAUUUGAUUUUACACGCCUAGAUUGUUUCAUUUGUUCAUUGACAUUCUGACUACUGGAUCUUUUCAUUUGCUUUGCAAGGAAGACUUUAGAGGACUCUGGCCUGGGCCUUGAGAAGAAUUCUAUUAAAAGAUUCUCAGCCUCCUGUGUGACCAGGAUCUGCCCAGGAUAAAGAGGUUAUUCCUCCUUGCUGGAGAUAAUCUUGAGACAACCUUGCAUUUCCAGUUUCCCUCCUUGGACAGCCUAAGUAUGAGGGAGGGAAACAUGGCUUGCAAUAAAUUAGCAUUAUGUCUUCAUUCAGGAAUUGAGGCUUCCAGCCUCACAUACCUCCUUUUGGGCUUUGUGGUAUUCUCGCCCAAGAAGUACCAUUUCUACAGAAAUACAACUGACUAAUCUUCUAGCAGGGUUCUUUUUGAAAAACCCCAUGCACCUUAACCCACAGCAGGUCCUUGGUGAUUUUUGCCCAGACAACCAGAAGGCUAUUUGCUUACUGCCCACUUACACUGACCAGAUCAUAGGAAAUUGAAAACAGCAUCAGACUAUUUAGUUCUAGUCUGUCCCAGAUUAAGAGAAGCCAUGAUUUUCAUGGGGAGGGAGCCCUGGAAUGCCUUGACCGCUGCCCAGAUACUUCUUACAUAAACCAAAGAAAGAUAACAAGAGUGUACUUUUAACCAGACAGAAGUAGAAAAAAAGUAUAAAGAAACCUCCUCUUUGGAAUCAGCUCCCCUAAUGUGGUACCCCUUCUUCUCUUGGACCUGCCCAACCUUUCACAACAUCUUGAAGGUAGGACUUCUAUGUCCAGCAAAGGAAGGGAUAGUAGUAAAUUUACAUGGCUUGGAAUUUUCUUUCUGGAGCCACAGAGGGAUGAAUCCUUUGGAGCUCUAAGAGCAACCAGCAUCACUGAGCUGUGAGAUAACUUAUAUCUCCAUUUUCUAAUAGGAAGCACUUGGACUUAAAAUUGCUAAGAUACUGUUUGCAGUUGCUGUUUCUGUGCAUCUUGAAUCUGUCUGACACAAUCAGAUGACAGUAUUGUUAACUCUCACACCAUUAAGAAAAUUUCUUACUUUGUAGGCAUUCACUGUGAGAGGUAAAAUUGCUGCUUUGGCAGGGAUGAUUCCAGCUUGCCAAAAGGCUUUUCUUCCUUCCACAACUUUUUUCCCCUAGCCCAGGGUGAAACAAGUGGGUCAUCGCCAACCUUGGUUUUUAUUUGGAUUCAGCAUUUUGGGUUCGGAAGGUUAUAAGAAAGAACCAUAAAUGGCCAUAUUCCUAGAUUUUUAUUUAUCUGACAAAAUACACAACUUAGAAGCCAGGAAAACUAAGGUUCAUUACUAGGAGAUGAACUUUUUCUAAUUGGAGGACAAAUUGUGGGAAGGUGGAGUCUGAUCUUUGCUGCACCACUUGAAGAGACUGUCAUCCUUCACUUGAGGUUCCGUUUCUAGCUGUGAUGUGACCUCUCUUGAACAAAGUCAUUUGGGAACCCCCAGAAAUGACCCCUUUACAUUGUAGGACCAUAAGCAAAACACUCUGGUUGUGUAUAGUCACUGAUCCCCAAGGACUUGCAGUUUUUUAUUUCUGCUGGUGUGUCUUGGGAUCAGCUUAUAACUCCUACUCUUAGUCAGUGACCAGUCCAGUGUGGUCUGGACCAGGCCUGACAAACUUCUGCUCACUUGCAUCAUUUUCAUUCUGAGCCAGUAGGACUUUGGGUAACUUUAAAGCCCAAGAAUUGGUACUCGCUUUGGCUAGUGACAUUUGAUUUUUGUCUCCAUCUUGAUUUCUGACAUUGUUGGCCAAGUCACAUUAACUUUUUUUGAUCACUGAGAAAAACAGUCGAACAAGGCAUUAUGGAGGGUGGUUGAGAUGGAGGGUGGGGGGCAGGAGUGCUUAUGUAGGGUAGAAAGAAUGUGGGGGUAGCUGUUUGGUUAUGGUGAUCCAGUCCUUUGGAACCUUACAAGGCUCCUGUGGGCAUGUCAGUAUUACCAUUACAGCCUCUACGACCCACCCACCUUUGAAAAGUCAGUACAAGUAGACCACAGUUUAAAGUAGUUAGUAUAAUUCUACUAAGGUUUAAUCAUUAUACUUGUUCACUUCCUGAUGCAUAUUUCCUAAAUAUGCUUGGGGUUUGGGGUAGGGGGUUGAGUUUUCACUGUUCAUUGCGUGUCAUCUUAUAUUUUUCUCCAUCCUGUGACUUUGGCAUCUUAUUCGACUUUGUAUUUUCUUUUCCCUUGGCUUAUUGCAGUAGUCUGCUGGUGCAGGUAGAGAGCUCAGUGCACCUAUUCCCCUGUUACUGCUAAUUAUCUUGAAUAUUGUCAGAGGUUAUUUUGAUGUUCUAAGAAUAUAAAGUCAUUUUUUACAAAAUCAUCUUUUCCAAGUUAAAAGCAAAAUAAAAAAAUCUCCUGUGCUAGGGUGCCCAUUUCAGCUUUUGACAUUGCCCCUGUACUUUUAUGGAUGCUCUUUUUGUCCGUGUUGGUAGUAACUAAUGACUAGUGAAUUUUCAUGUAAAUGAAGCAAAAUAAAUAUUUCAGAUUUUAUUAAUCUCUCAUAACCCGGCCAAAUCUGAUGACUUCAUUUUAAUUGCUUCCCAGAAGGCACUUCCCCUCCUACAUUCUAUUCUAUUCUAUUCUAUUCUAUUCUAUUCUAUUCUAUUCUAUUCUAUUCUAUUCUAUUCUAUUCUAUUCUAUAUCUGUUCUAUUCUGUUUUUAGAAUAACACACUAGGUAAAGAAACUUUAACUGCAAGGAGUCAGUGACUUUUAGUGCUCCCUGAUAAUAUCAAUGAUGUUAUUGACAAAAGUAAAAAAUUAUUUCAUUGUUUUUUUCCUGUAUUACUAUCUCCUCUCCUGUGCUCUUGACAGUGUGUUUAGUGGAUGGAUAAUAUGUAUUUCUCUUUCCCAUUCCCAGAUUCCAAAUUCCCUGCCUUUUUGGCCCACCUCACCACAAAAGCUCCAUAGUUUAUUAAUGUAAGUUUGAAUGGAUGCUUCUUUGGGGAAACUGCAGGUGUUAAUGGAAGAGUUUCAGAAAGGAAUGAGAAUGCCUCAGGAGUUGUUCUGUGAUGGAAAUUGGUCUGUUGUUCUGUUAAUGCGGAUGGAAAGAAACUUACAACGCUUAAUAAAAAUCUAUUCUUUUAGUAAAAAAAUUUGUGAAAUAA